UCAAAUCGACUGCAGCAGGUUUUGGAGUUCAGUUAUAGUCAAUCUCUGUUUCUUGUAAGCCGAAGAAGAAGAUUUCGAACAAGAAAUGGGCAGUAGAAGCCUUGAGAAUCGUUCUGUGGUUGAUGAAAUCAAAUGCUCCCAGGGCGGAACUUUCUUGUACGACUUUGGUCAUCCUCUUCUCAAUCGCGUUGCUGAUAGCUUCAUCAAGGCCGCUGGGAUUGGAGCAUUGCAAUCUGUGUCUCGAGAGGCGUAUUUUACGGUUGCAGGGAGUCUUGAUUCGGACAACGGACCGCCGCCUGAAUUAUCGAGUGCUAGAAAGCGACAUGUUCCAGGUCUCAAAGGUGAAACCAACAAAGAAUCUCUUGAAGCCAUGGUGAAGAGCGUGGGACAAGAAUCUAUCCAAUGGGGAUUAGCUGCUGGUGUUUAUUCUGGUCUUACAUACGGUUUAAAGGAGGCUCGUGGAGCACAUGACUGGAAGAACAGUGCAAUCGCUGGUGCAGUAACGGGUGUAGCAGUGGCACUUGCAUCAGACGACUCUUCUCAUGAGCGUAUAGUACAAAGCGCCAUCACUGGCGCUGCCGUGUCGGCCGCUGCUAAUAUUUUUGCUGGCAUAUUUUAGGCUCUCCCAGUACUUCUACUACUAGGUAUUGUCGCUGCCAAACUUGGGGGUGUUUAUCUUCCAUGCUUAAAUUAUCGUAUCCUUCAUACUCGACUCUCUGUUAUACUAAGUGACUCUCUUCUAUGGUGCUUUUCUUUUCCAUGUUUCGUUUAAUAUUGUGUUGUUUCAUAUUUACUAAGCAACUUUCUUCUAUGGUGCAUUUUUCAUUUUUUUUUUUCCUUUUCGUAAUAAUUUCUUUGAUUACA